AUGUUUGACCGCAACCAAGGCGGACUGGCCCCGUCGACUCGCAAAACGCUGGGCCUGGUUUCAGUGUUUGGCACAGCAUUAUAUCUAUGCCUGAGCAUUCUCUCAUGGGUAUUUUCUGGCGAGCUGGCGCUCGUUCCCUUCACCUCCUCCAGCUUGCCUCCCAUGGCCGAUCUGGGCAUCGACAGCGUGCACCACUACGAUCUGGCAGACUACACAGGCAGCGCACGGGGCCAGGACCGCAACGAGCGAGUGCUGUUCCUGGUGCCUCUCAGAGAUGCCGCAGCCCACCUGCCCAUGCUGUUCGCCCACAUGGACAAGAUGACAUACCCCCACGUGCUGAUAGAUCUGGCGUUUCUGGUGUCCGAUUCCAAGGACGACACCAUGGGAGUGUUGCUCAAGGAGCUCAACACGCUGCAGAGCAACCGAGACGUGUCCAAGCGGUUCGGUAGCAUUGAGAUCUUCGAGAAGGAUUUUGGCCAGGCCGUUGGCCAGGGAUUUUCUGACCGUCACGGCUUCGAGGCCCAGGGUCCCCGACGAAAGCUCAUGGCUCGUGCUCGAAACUGGCUGCUGUCCGUGGCUCUCAGACCCGAUCACUCGUGGGUCUACUGGCGAGACGCCGACGUGGAAAAGGUGCCCACUACCAUCAUGGAGGAUCUCAUGAGCCACGACAAGGACGUGAUUGUGCCCAAUGUGUGGCGACCCCUGCCCGACUGGCUGGGCAACGAGCAGCCCUACGAUCUCAACUCGUGGAAGGAGUCUGACGCCGGUCUCCGACUGGCUGACACUCUGGACGAAGACGCUGUUAUCGUCGAAGGAUACGCCGAGUACGCUACCUGGAGACCCCAUCUUGCCUACCUGCGAGAUCCCUUUGGUGAUAUUCACGUGGAAAUGGAGCUGGACGGUAUUGGAGGAGUUUCCAUUCUUGCCAAGGCUGCUGUAUUCCGACACGGCGCCCAUUUCCCCGCAUUUUCGUUCCAGAAGCACGCCGAGACCGAGGGGUUCGGCAAAAUGUGCAAGCGAAUGGGCAUGUCUGUGGUUGGUCUUCCCCACUACACCAUUUGGCACAUUUACGAGCCCUCUGACGACGAUCUGCGACACAUGGAGUGGAUGGCCCAGCAGGACGAGUUGCGGGAGAAGGAGCGAGUCCUCAAGGAGGCCCAUGACAAGGUAUGGCAGUCGGGCUUUGACAACGUCAAGCAGGAGUGGGAGCGAGAACGAGAGCUGAUUCUCAAGAACGUUGAACUGGACUUUGACGUGCAUCAAAAGGUUCGGGCCAAAAAGGCGGAGGAGCAGAGCAAGGCCGAAGCCAAGGUUCACGGCCCCGAGGAGGAAAAGGUGGUGCCUGGCGUGGGCAAGGCCGCUCUGCAGCCUGACGCCGUCAAGAAGGUGGUUCAGGGUUAA